UCGGGAGCAUUUCAUUUGUGUCACCGGAUAAGAAAGAGAGCAGGCGAACAUAAUGGCAGCAAUCAUGACUGCGGAAGAACCGUUUCACCGCGUGCGAUCGGAGCCAGCGUUCAGCCGCGUCGCAGUGUCCGGACGGAGCGGAAGCAUUGACACUGGUGUCGGGUCGUCUCGCCUCUCUUCCAGCGGCGCCAGCAGCGCGGGCUCUAACUCUCCACCUGGCGGCAGCGUCUCCAGUCUCGCGCCCAUCAAGACGCUCUCCGAAAAGAUACAGGGACGAAUCUCGAGUGGCGACAAUUUCUUCUCCCUAGAGUUCUUCCCCCCGCGGACGGCUGCCGGAGCCGCUAAUCUAAUCAACAGAUUCGACCGCAUGUUUGAGGGCGGGCCGCUGUUCUGUGACGUAACGUGGCACCCUGCCGGCAACCCUGGAGGAGACCAGGAGACUAGUUCCAUGGCAAUAGCCAGUGCGGCCCUCAACUACUGCAGUCUGGAGACGAUGCUCCACAUCACGUGCGCCAACAGCACAAAGGAAGAAAUCAGACAACAUCUUCUCAAGGCCAAGGCGCUGGGAAUAAAAAACCUU